CUUCAUUAUCCCUUCCACCUAAUGGACGACGACCUCCAAGUCUCGAUCCUCUCGCUGGCUCUGCUAUCGCUUGGUGAGACAUCCCCGACUCAGAUCCUUAUGAUUAGAGACAGCCACCGCCGCUCAGAUCUCGUCUGUAAUCAUGGCCGCCCGCGACCCUCGUCCACCUCAUCUCAACCUUCACCUCGAACGCCCACCGCGAGCCACCGAGAUCCCUACCGAUUCUGACACCCUCAGCGCUUCAUCUGAUGUGCUCCGGGGCCGUUCUCCCAACCGCCAUUCCCACCGCCUCGCAACCUCCCCUUCACCCUCGCCUGGACGUACCAGAUCGCAGACCUUGCCCGUGAUAACGCCCACCUUCAACACCGCCAAGGCGAUCAAGCGGAAGCCUCUCUCCUCUACGGCCUCUCAACUCGCCACUAGUUACGGUUCCGGCUCGACAACCCCCUCGGUUUUGUCGCCUUCCGACCUUCCCGCGCCCGACACACGUUUCGCGAGAUCCUACUCUGUCGACAGCCCUACCCUCUAUGAGUACCCCGACAACGUCCGCCCUCUGUUCGCGCCCCCAGCUGCCCAUCAGAAACUUGACAUCCAAACCCCGCCCACAGACGCGGUAGACGACGCGGCCUACUCUACUUCACGAAACAAAACAAGCACCAACCUUGCGUUCCCUCAAACAAAACCUUCGGACGGCCUGUCGGAACCUGCCUACCUGACUGCCGACGUCACCCCAACCUUCUCCCCUAGGUUGCCGAAACCGACACCCGAGCCCAUUCUCGAGGAGGACACGGACGACGACGACUCCGGCUCGACGUACAGUCACAACACUAAUGAGAACUCUAUCAUGUCCAUACCCACCUCCAAACCUACUCCUCCUCAUCUGAACCUCCAAAGCGAUCGAGACAAUUCUUCACAAACUGUCACCACAAUACUGGAAGUCCGCCAGUCCCUCACGCCUACUACUUCAAUUCAGACGCCCUCCCUCGAUAAACCUUUGCCCAGGUCACCGGGCUCUUCCAAGCUAGCCAACUUCUUUGGCUGGGGAUCUUCGCCCUCGCCUUCGACGACCGAGUUCUCCUCUAUUUCUUCACCCCUAGGAUCACCACGACGUACCACGCUGACAGAUGAUACUCCUCUCACAACCGGAGUACCGUCACUGCAGCCGGAACCACGAAAAGGGAAUGCCACGCCCACUAACGCACUUGGAUACUGCGAAUCAAACCUGCACACCCCACCGCCUUCCUCCCUAGCCCCAUCACUGCAAAUCGAAGAGAUGGAGGACGAACUUAAGGCCAUCAGUACCGAGCUGGCCUCGUCCAUUCGCCGUGAGAUGGACCUGGAGGACUUGGUCGACAGACUGCAGUCCGAGAUCAACAACCCUCAAGCGCCCGGCAGGAGGACUAGCGACUACUUCUCCGACUCGGGCUACAGCUCUGCCAAGUUCAGCGAGUACGACCAGAAUAAGGAGGAGAUAGAGAAGAUCCAACGACGCGCCGAGCAGGAGAAGGCCUCCAUGCGCCUGGAGUUGACCAACAAGCUGCAAGACGAACGCUUACGGAGAGGUGAGCUUGAUCAGCAAAUUAAGGAGUUGGCCGAAAAAGCUUCACAAUUCGACGUGGCACAAAUUAAUAGUGACGACGCCAACAACCGCCUCAGGGACCUGGAACGCACUUGCGAAGACCUGAGACGUAGACUGGGCGAGGAGGUCCAGGUCAAAUCCAACUUUGAGGACCUGCUUUCUGUCCUUAAGGUCGAACUUCAAAGCACCACCAACGAGCGUGACAACCUGCGCGAUGAAAUCGUGCCGCAGCUGAAAGCGAAGCUCGACGGCCUCGAGGCAGAGGCUUCUGAAUAUGUCAACCUGACCUAUGAGUCGUCCAAAAUGCAACAAGAAUUGGAAGUCCUCAGGCAAGAGAACAAGGUUCUCAAGGCUUCGGGACAACAACCGCCACGGCCAGAGACCCGCGCUCGGAGCUCCACUACCCGCAUCGCUCGAUCUAGCUCCGUCACCGCUGCGCCCUUUGUCUUGCAAAAGGCUCCGUCAGGCAUGGGGUUGACUCGCUCUAACACUGUUAAGUCUGGUGUCACCGAGUCUCGCGAGCAACUCUCGGAGCGCCUGAAGGAUGUCGAGGCACAGAGAGACGCCUUGCACAACGCGUUGAAGAGUUUGCUCGAGAGACAGGAGUUCCAAAACCGUGAGAAUGAAAAGAAGAUCAAGACUCUGGAGGUUGAGCGUGACCGAUUAAUGGCCACGUCUCCGCGCAAAGUGGGAUUCGAAAAAGAAAUCUCCAGCUUGCGCAUGGAGAUCAACGUGCUCCGUCGCCGCGCUGAAGAGGCGGCCGAACAGAAGUGGCAGGUGGAGAAGGGUCUCGCCGGUCUGAAGAUGGACCUCGACCGUGCCGAAGGGGAGGUGGCUGCCCUUCGUGAUCUGUUGAAAGAGAAGGAUAUCCUCAUCCCGCCGUCGAUGGCACGAUCAAGUGUGUACGAGCCAGUCUCAGCAGUGCCCGUCACUUCAGGGUCCCUCGAGGCCGCUUUCAAGGAUCUCCAACUUGCCUACAAGGACUCUAUUCUCAGGAUCAAGGAGUUGGAAGUUCACGGUCCUGUAAUUGCUGGGGACGAAGCCACUCAACUGGCACUCGAGCGCCUGGAGCAAUCUCUCAACUCUGUUGUUUAUGAGCGCGACGCGGCGAAGGAGGAGGCUUCGGCUUACAAGGAUCAGGUGGAAAGCCUUGCCAGCAGCGAGGUUUCGCACCUCGAAAGCGAGCAUGCUCUCGCCGACGAGCUUCGAAUUUCUGCGCAACACGUCGAGGACCUUGCCUCGCAGGUUCAGAAGCAGCUUUCUGUGAACUCGGAACUUCGUCAGCGUCUCGCAGACGCCAUCGCUCGCGGGGACGCGGACCGCAAAGCAAAUGCCGACCGCAUCACUCGCCUGCAGAGUCGUCUCAAGAACCUGGAAGAGCAGCUUCAAUCCACACAGAUGGCUUCCGAGGAGCGUGUUGCUCGGCACGAGGAACAGCUGAGGGAGAUGCAAGACGCUCAGAGUGCUCAGCUCCGCCGGAUGAGCCCAUCACCCGUCGGCAACGGCUUCCGUUCUCCGCGCAAGCCCGGCUUGAGCCCCAUGCCCUCGCCCAUGUUCCCCCGAUCUCCGCGCCUUCUGCCGAAGCAGUCCGUUGAGGAUGACACACAGAUUGACAGGUUGCGCGUCAAGGUCGUCGAGCUGGAGACGGCGCUCACGAACGCCGACUCGGAGAUGCAAGACGUAAUUGCCCGCAUGAGUGCAGCGCAAAUCGAGGUCUUGACCUUGCAGGAAGAGCGCGAGGCCGCAAGGCGCGAAACCAGACGUAUUCAGCAAGAGCUGGAGAGGGAGAAAAUGAAGUCGUUCGAGGAUCGCUUCAAGUCACUCAACGGCACUGUUCGGUGAUUUAAUAGGACCGCUCUCUACUCGAAUAGGGGCUUGUGCCACGGCAUAACACACCCUAGUUUAUCCGUCUUCAGCAUGCGGCGUGUCUCGUUUCAGAAUGAGCAAUAGAGCCGGGUCACUCCCUCGACAACGACAAACUCCACGCUUCGCUGGUCAUGACACCAUUGAAACCCGUCAUCCAGGGCCGCCUUUCUGGUGGCGAUGUCGGCUCAUCGAACACAAGCAAACCACGCAUUGGGAAAAGCGAAAGGCGCAUGCAGUCCUUUUCUUCCUUUUCUUCUUUUCCCCGUUUUGUUUUCAGUUUUUGGUUAUCUGAGCAUUACCGCCAUCUUUUGGGACGAGGCAGCGUGCCGAAAAUCCCCACAGAUCGGCUUUUUGGCGCUAUAGUCAGCACCUUUAACGGCCGACAAACCACCUACAGCACAUGAUAUUUUGUCUCUGCCAGCAUGCAGGGCUUUUAUACCUCUUCAUACAUAUUUAGCGGAUGGGCAAGCACCGAGGGUGUUUGUGUUAAUGUGUUAGUAGGCCUAUUCUUUACUUCUCGUUGCUUCUGUUUCUGGGACUUUCUGUUGCAGUAUGUCUCUGGGACGAGUCGCAGGGGACAAGGUUAUACAGGUAAUAAAGAGGCGUGACAGAGAGGCGUCUGCAUGAAAAGAAGGAAAGCAGUGGAAGAACACAAAAGAGACGGACUGGGCCAGGUUGGAAACCGUCGGUUUGGGCAGACGUCAAACGGUGGGGUGGAAAGAGAAACGUGUAUGAUAGAGAGAAGAAUUGACGACUUGAACCACCC